AUGUAGAGUAAAAAUAUUGAAAGGGAAGGAAGCCUCCGUAUGUGUGAUUAAAAUGGUUUUAUCUGGAGUUUGAGGUGUUUGGAAUAAGAGGCAGUCUGUAGUGGAGUGGGAACGUGGAGUGGGUUAAAGGUAAAGUGGGACAGCAUUUUUCCUUAGGUGAGGACUGUGAAGUUGCUGGCACUGACCUGGAGUAGUAAACACAAAUGUUAGCAAGGCUCCUGCAGUGAGCAGGGGCUGGAGUGACUGUAAAUGCUGUUCUGCUGGAGUUCACCAUCCCCAUGUGCCAGGAGCUGUUCCAGCCACAGGAUCUGCCUGCAGAGCUGCAUUACCAUUUCCAUUAGAUAGGAUUGCUGAUUACUUCUGGCUCACUUUAUUUGGCUAUUCAUGCUGGAAUGGUGUCUUCUGUUUCUUGGGAAUUUGUCUCUAGUUUGGGAGGGAAACUCUUGAAUCUCUACUGGUGGCAUAUUGGUGACUUGUAAUAAACUUUUCUGUGCCUGUGAACCAUGUGCUUGACUAAAAUAGAAGAGGAAAUUAGUGGGACAUCUGGCCUUUGUAAGGGUCAGACUUUCAUUUUUACUUUCUUGACUAGAGUUUCAUGAAUUCUAAGUUAAUCUGAGUUGAGUGACCUUUUGACUGGGGUAAAGGCCUAUCUUGCUUUCUUUUUCUUUUCCCUAUUUAAAAAGGUUUCACGUCCUGGAUCUGUGAAAUUGUAAUUCUGUGUGUGUAAGAUAGUCAUUCCUUGCUCAUACGCUCAGAUCUAAACACACAAUAGUUGGAGGCAGUUUUUGGUGUUAAUUAGUGGAAAAGGAAGACUUGAGUUAAUCAGCUCUUAGUGAAUGAAAUCUUAAUGGUUGUAUCGACAGACUUCCAGUGCUGGCCUUGUGGACUGUUGGAGGAAUUCAGCAGUAUGCAGUAAUAUUCACUACCAAAAUGAAAGUCUGUUAACAAAGAAGUACUGUCUUUUAUGACUUCAAUUCUAAGUCAUCUGUAGAUCAAUUUUUAAUGUCAUCUUUUUAAUGUAAAUUAAAUGAAUAGUUGAUUUAGAACUAAUAAAGCAAACGAUAUAUCAGAUUUUUAGAGUGAGAAGGGAUUUCUGGCACUAAUGUUAAACAGGCUUACAUGUUACUCAGCCUCCAACUUUAGUCUGCCAAUCAGACUUUGUUUUUCACAUAGUUUCUUAAUAGCUUGCACAUUCAGAGAAUGCUUUUUACAAGAAACUGUAAAAAUAUCAAAUAGAGGUGAUUCAUCAAGAUCCAUUCUGAUUAUUUACAAAGGCAAUAUGUGUGGCUAUGUAUGUGCAUAUUUAUCUGUGUGUUUAUGUGUAUGUUUUAAACCCUCAGGCCUUACCCAUGCACAGAAUAUAAUCACACUGUGGUUUUUUGGCCGCAUUUGUGGCCAAGAAAUGGACUGUUUAUUCUCCUUUUAUGUCUAUUUAUGGACUUAAAAGGAAAACAGAUAGAUGCAAGCAAGAUUGACAUUUGGGAUUAUAAGGAAUUGCAAUACUCUCUGCCAGAGUUAAAGUAAUCUUUUUCAAAUUAUGCAAAAUUCACAAGUCUUACAUUAGAGUUGAAGUAGGCAGGAUUUGAAAUUACUGCACAUCUAGAUGUGUAAGACUCGGUUCAAUGCAGAAGGGCUUAUUUUACAGGACUCACUUGGGACUUUAGUAGUUCACCUUAAGUUUCCUAUUCUGCCUAGUUCUUCAAGUUGAUUUCUGAUACGGAUUUUUAAAUUUUUUUUUAAUGGUCACCAUCUUACAAAGUAAGGAAGCUUGAUCUCAGCUCUCCAGAGUGCCAUGAAGAUAAAUUGGAACAUGUUUGUGGAUGAACACCAGGUUUCUGCUCCUGGCUUUAGCCUUGGGCUAUCGUGAUAACCAGUCAGAUACUGUGAACAAGGACACUGAACCCAAAGAUCCAUUUCCCAUUCCAAGAAAGAUUAUGGCUGAACCAGACUACAUAGAUGAUGACAAUCCUGAAUUAAUUAGACCUCAAAAAUUAAUUAAUCCUGUGAAGUCAUCCCGGAAUCAUCAAGAUCUCCAUAGAGAGCUGCUUAUGAAUCAGAAAAGGGGUCUUGCACCUCAGAACAAACCAGAGCUACAGAAGGUCAUGGAGAAAAGGAAACGAGAUCAAGUUAUUAAGCAACAAAAAGAAGAGGAAGCACAAAAGAAGAAGUCAGACCUGGAAAUAGAGCUACUGAAACGGCAGCAGAAACUGGAGCAGCUGGAAUUGGAGAAGCAGAAGAUACAGGAAGAGCAGGAAAAUGCGCCUGAAUUUGUCAAAGUCAAGGGCAACUUGAGGAGGACGGUCCAGGAAGCAACAGAAGCACCAGACUCCUAAAAGCCAGCGCCUGCUUAGACUUCCAUCUUUCCUGCAGAGAGAGGCUUUUGCAAGUUGUCUCACAUUUGCCCCUCAAGAGGGAAAAUAACAGCUGACACUUCCUGAAGAUGAGAUUUUUAAUUCCUGGGACGUGUGGAUUAAAAAGACAGUAUCGUAAACAGAUCGACUUGCCAAAUACAGUCCUGAGAUCAAUGGAUAAGGAGUGUCUUUGUCAGUUCAGUGUCAUGGACCAGGCUGACUUGCUUUCUCAGAGAUUUUAACCAGGGAUACUAGAGAAACUCCUUCAGUGUUGCACUGCUUUAACUCUUGUGAGCCUCAUUUAGUGGAGAUACACAGAUUAUAUUUUGCUUUAAAACAGAACAAAAAUCCUCCUGUGAUAUCAAGCUUUGCUGCGCAGGUAAAUUUCCUCCAUCUAGGCCUACAGCUUCUGUAUAUCCCACAAUAAUUUGUGUUUAGUUGGACUUUUUAUUAAAUCUAGGAGGAUAUGAGGUGUGCUGAUUACUGCUGCCCAUUCCCAUUAGGAUAGGUAGGUGUGGGCAAGAUGAGAAUGCUUAAAAUUCACCAGCAGUGAAAAAUUAAGCAGCCUUAAAGCCCAUUUCUUGCUGUUUGGCAUGUAGAAUUUGGGCUAUGAAAGAGCAAAAAUCUGAUGAUCCUUUCACAGGGAGACUCCAGAAGCUGAUAUAUAUCUUUGUCUGUAAACUUACAUUGUUGUGUACAGGCCUGUGAAGUGCUACCUGUGAAUUUACCUCUCAAAGCAAAAUGAUCUAUCUUCUACUUUUCAUGUUUUGAAAUCCUGCUUACUUUGGUGUUGUGGCCUUUCUCCUCCAAGGACAUGCUGAACAGAGUACAGUGUUAACACAUCACUUGGUAGUGUUUGAACUCAUUUGCUGGAACUGAUCUGCCAUCAGUUCCUACUCUUUGCUUGCAGACACUUGUUGCAGUUUCUGCAGUAGAGAAGUGUUUAAACUAGACCAAACCAAUUACUGGAAUCUACUGAAAUGGAAUUUUUUUCCCUAAAAUGAGGCAUAAAAAGAAAUCAAUUUUAUCCCAUCCUUCAUUCAGCCUCAAGAAAGAAGGGAAGUGUGUUACCGCUGAGACUUUGGGUCCAAUUCUGUCAUCUUCUGCCUUUCCACAAGUUGCCCCUGUGACUUGCCAUUACAUAAAAUACUGCUUGCACAGGAUGACAGAAUCUAAUCCUUCAUGCUUAUGACUACUAGUUAUCCAGGAAAGCCUGGGAUGAGGAGUGGGGAACAGAUUGCUCGUGUAGGAUUAUAGAAUUGGAUUCUUACCUGGUGACAUUGGGUGCAGAUACAUCUUCACAAUCUGGGGAGAAUUCCUUGUCUUCCUUGGUUGGAACAGUCCUAGCUCUCACUGAAACUGUGUUCAUACAUACCUGCUGAGGAUCUAAUCCCUAGCUUUUGCCUUAGGAUGCUAAACACAAUAAUUUCUACUUUGUAAUUACAUUGGACAUAACUGUUUGAGAAAACUUUUUAUUAAUAUCAGCAGUGGCAUGUUUGUAUUGUAAAGGUGUGGUGGAGGGUUGUUGGUUUGGUUUUUUAUAGUUCCUUUUGCCUUUCCUAUAAGUAUUGGACAUUCUAAAUACAAUUUUAGAUUAGCACUUGGGACAAAAGACUCACAAUUAGAAAUGUUUCCUAGAUACAGACUUUAAUUUGUUAAGGCAUUUUUGUGAGGACAUAAUCAGAUAGAGGGAAAAUUGAAUUGUGAUAAGCAUAUUGCCAUUGAUUUGGACUUGCAGUGUGACUCACGUCUGGAAGAUUAAAUGUGAAGAUGGUCUAACAGACUGUUCAGAUUAUGGACAUACAGAAGACAAAGGCCAAAUGUAAGACUCUUCCAUGUAUUAUCUCAACAAAGAAACACCCUGAAUGCUGCAGGUUUUUCCCUCUCUCCUUCCAUUCUCCUGGAAGGAGAGGAUCUUCUCUGUCAACACAUCAUUCCAACACUUGCACUGAUUUUGUUUCAUGCUGUUGAGACAGCGCUAUGUCCAAGCCUUCCAUGCCCUGCUCGUGCUUCAUCUUAGCUGUUCCCAGCCUACCAAACAUCCUCCCUCUUGGUUUCAGCUCCACAUUAACCUUCUGCUCUGUAUGGAAAAGUCUAAAGUGAGUGAGGAAACCUUCCUCUGGCUUGAGCUAACAUUGCAUGUUAGCCACUUCCCCUUGGUGAUCAUGGCAGUCUUACCACACAUGCACAGUGAAAUGAAAUCGGUGGCGCUGGGAGGGGUGGGGGACACAGACCCCCCCUUUUGGCUUCAGUGGAUGUGUUGGAUUGGGCCCUCAAGGCUAAAGGCAGUCUGCUUUCUCCACAGGUUAGCUUGUGAUUCAGGGUAGAGUUUCUGAAACACAGGAGUCCAGAAAACUCUUUUGUACAUACAGCAUGAAGUUAUUUUUUGUUUUUCAUUGGAAUUAACUCUCUGUGUGAACAGAACAUCAAUGUGUGUGUUAGAACAUCUGUGAAUCCUGCUAAUCUUUUAGUCUAGGAACCCCCAGCCACCUUCAUAUCAAUUUUGACAGGCAAUAGCUUGUAUUUGAAGUCAGGAUUGGGCAACCCUUCAGUGGGGGGCCAGUUAGUCACACCACAAGUGUCCUGUGCAGCUACUCAAGUAAGAAACUGCUUGGCAGCAAGCGUAAGCAAUUCCUGCUCUGCCCUUCAGCUAUAUGGGUUUUGAAGCAAUCCAGCAAAUACUUCAGUGAUCUGAAAAUUGCUCACCACUUUGUACUUUUUAAAAAACUCUUGCUUUUGAUAGUAUAGUAGUAAUUUUUUAGCAUUUUUGUGGCUUUAACAUUCUGUUAAUAUCUGCACUUGUUUGAGUGUACAUAUAUAAAUACAUAUAAAUAUAAAAAGGGAGCCUUAAUGGAUUUGUUUUCAUAAUUUAAUAUUUUUUGUAUUUGCUCUUGUAUAAUUGUUUUUAACUAAAGGUAUUACAAGAAUGAGGGUGGAAUACUUAGAACCAAAGUUAUGCUUAAUAAAAUCUACUACAUGCUUGGUGUA